AUGGGUGCUGGCCUGGGACCCUCUGCUUCGGCACUGCUGCAGCAGCGGGCACUCUGGCGGCGUCCCAGCCUCCACCUGCUGGCUGCCAGUGGCACCCACACCCCGGCCGUGAUGAUCAGAAACGUCUCCGACAUUGCCAGAGGUCCCUCUGGGGGCAAGAUCACCCCAUCUCAGAGCCACCAACCUCCCCAGUGUCCGAUUGCCCAGCCUCAAGCCCAGCCCCUGGCAUCUACUCUGGUGGAGCCUGAGCCUCCAGCCCCUCAGGUGUCCCUGGAGCAUGGAGCCCUGGGCGCACAGCAGCUGAAGGCACCCUGGGGCUGGCCUUCGCCUCCCUUCAUCCACCGCAAAGCCGGCCCGCUCCUGACCAAGGUUUAUGCGAGGCAGCAGACAAGGGCUUCGGGCGGCAGCCGCCCAGCCUGGCCUCUCCUUGGCCCUGGGAAGAUAUCCCCUCUCGUCCUGUGGGUGCCCCGGCUUCCGAGAUACCUCCUCUGUGCAGCGCAGGGACUGGAGGCCAGGGGGGGCUGGCGGCUGGCCUGGCGUCUCUCGGAUGGAAAUACUGAAGACUCCUUGGCUGAUCUGAGAAACAUUUAUGCAUUUGGACUCAGCAAUGCCCUGUCUCAAUCAUUCAUUUACUCAACAAACAUUGGUGAACCACCACCUACCUGCCAGACAGGCCCGCUUCAGACUUCAAACUUUGUGGAACUGACCAUCCAGCAGGAAAGACAGAUGGUGGAUAAGCAAGCAAGACCAAGGGCGGGGCCGUUUCUAGGGGCGCAAGGACCGGGGAGUGCUGCUGUACUGCACCGCAGGGCAAUGUCCCCGGGCAGGGGUGGGAAGCUGCUUCAGGCCGGCCUUCCUGGGGAGGGGGCAGUAGAGCUCAAAUCUGAAUGAGGAAAAAAAUUGGCCAAGCAAAGACCAAGAGGGAACCACAGUGCACAGCCCUGGAACAGAAGCAAGCUGCUCGAGGGACAGUCCCCAGAGAGGCGCAGAGUGAUGGGCAUGGCGGCAGAGGGCCUGGCAGGAUGCUGUGGACAACAGAUAUAAAGGCCUGGGUGUGAUCGGACUGGUGUUUGUAAAGAUCCUUUCCUGUGGCCGCC